AUGCCGCCUUCGGUGUUUGAUCUAUCGCAGGUACCCAUCACCGCGCACUCGUUCAACGCAACUCGAGAUCAACUCGCCGUCAGCUUGAACUCCAACGACGCUGUGGUCUACGCGCGUACAGGCAACGAAUGGACGGCGACCGAGACGCUUGCUGAGCACGACAAAAUUAUCACCUCCAUUGAUUGGGCCCCGAAUUCGAAUCGCAUCGUAACUGCAUCCCAAGAUCGCAAUGCGUACGUCUGGCAGCAAGCUCCCGAUGCAUUGACGGGGGCGUUGGUGUGGAAGCCUACGCUUGUUGUGCUGCGGAUCAAUCGUGCUGCGACCCAUGUGAGAUGGAGCCCUAAGGAGGACAAGUUCGCUGUAGCCAGUGGCGCGCGCGCCAUCGCGAUUUGCUCUUUCGACACCGAGAACAACUGGUGGGUUUCGAAGCAUCUGAAGAAGCCGAUCAGGUCGACUGUGCUUUCCGUGGACUGGCACCCCAACAAUGUCUUGCUCGCUGCUGGGAGUGCUGAUAUGAAGGCAAGGGUCUUCUCCGCGUAUAUCAAGGAAGUCGACGAAAGGCCUGCUCCGACUGUUUGGGGUUCCAAACUGCCAUUCAAUACAGUCUGCGGCGAGUACACCAGCCCGAACGGUGGCUGGGUUCACGCGGUGGGGUUUUCCCCUUCUGGAGACGUCCUCGCAUUUGCCAAUCACGAUAGUUCCAUCAGCGUCGUCUACCCCGGGGGACCUAUCAUCCAUCACAUCAGGAUAUCCACGCUGCCACUCGUUACUCUCACAUGGACCGCAGAGGAUACCAUCAUUGCUGCUGGACACGACUGUCAGCCACUAGCAUUCUCUGGCAAUGAAGGCGGCUGGCAGCUUAUCGGCACCCUUGAUGAUUCGAAGUCCUCUUCCGCUGCUAAAUCUGGAUUCAACAGCCCCGUUGGGCGGUUGAACAGUUCUGCUUUCAAUACGUUCCGUGAUGCGGAUACUCGUGGGCAGAUGAGCCCCGGUGGUACGGGUGGAUCGCAAGAUACGAAGGUGUUGACGGUUCAUCAGAACACGAUCACGAGUGUUAGGGCAUACGAGUGGCAAGGCGAUAGAGUCGCGAAGGUCAGCACGACGGGUGUCGAUGGAAAUUUGGUGAUCUGGGACUCGGACGAAGUUUCUGCGUUGACCACUAGUGCAGGAAAUGGACUCGCAGGACGUCUUGGAGGCAUGCACAUCCGAUGA